UAUAGUACACUCACUAUUGUUGGCAGCUCUGCGGGCCAGGGAGGGGGUGAGGAUGACACCUGGACUGACAGAAUAAAGGGCCCCAGCCCCUACCCAAAGUGUUACCCUCUGCUGUGUUGUUCCUCCUGUGGCUCCUGUGCUUAGUUGUGCAUCUCUGUUCUCACAAUGGCGCCCAAGAAGAAGGAAGAGCCCAAAGAAGCACCCAAACCCAAGGCCCCAGAGCCUGAGCCCGUCAAGAUCCCGGAGUUUAACCCUGCAGAAGUUGUGCUUGAAUUCACCCCCGAGCAAAUUGAAGAUUUCAAGGAUGCUUUCCAGCUGUUCGACAGGACACCACUCAAUGAGAUGAAGAUCACGUACGGACAGUGUGGUGAUGUGAUCAGGGCACUGGGGCAGAACCCCACCAACGCAGAAAUCAUGUACGUCCUUGGAAAGCCCAAGCCUGAAGAAAUGGCGACAAAGAUGCUGGACUUCGACAGCUUCCUGCCAAUCCACCAACACAUUUGCAAAGCCAAGGACCGCGGCACAUAUGAGGACUUUGUUGAGGGACUGAGGGUGUUCGACAAACUGGGCGAUGGCACAGUCAUGGGCGCUGAGCUCAGGCACGUCCUGGCAUCACUGGGUGAAAAGAUGAAGGAGGAUGAGGUUGAGCAGCUCAUGACAAACCAGGAGGACGCCAACGGCUGUGUAAACUACGAAGCUUUUGUAAAACACGUCAUGGCAUCUUAAAAAGGCUGCCACUGCCGAGACACCUGAUAGUUGAAGACAGAUGAUUGUUCAUAUGUUUAUGUAACGUCCACACCAUGCCUCUCAUCUCAUGUGUUCAUCCCUAUGUGCCCAGUUGGAUUGCUAUUCCAUCAUGUGACAGGACCGUUCAACUAACUGUUCAUUGUUUUUAUCGUUCCCCUUCAUGUUGACUCAAAUAACAAAUGUUAUUGUAUAUCCCCACUGUUCAUUUGUGGAUCAAAACUUGUAAUUAAACAUAAUGAUUCAUUA